CUGGCUGGUAGGAUGCUGGUAAGAUUUGCAGGGAGGAAAUAAAAUUAACUUUAACUAUAAUUUUAUGAAACAAAUUCUUGUUAUUCACUUGAAAUAUUUUUAGGUGCUUGCAUACAGUUUCACUUAAAAUUUCCAGAACAUAUGUUAUAAAAUGUAAUUAUCAUUUGAAAGUUACGAAAUGGGAUUCUACACGUAUAUAUGGCCGACCCAAAAACCAUUGAAGUUUGACUUUUACACACACUCAUUUAAUUCAUUUAAAUUUUUUUAUUAAGUGUAUGUUUGUUUGGAUUGUAUGCACCGAGUGAUCCUAUCCAUCAGAUUGUAAUAUGUCAUUGAUGACGUAUUCAUGUCAACCUUUUCUGGUUCACCGUACCGACAAGAAUCUAGUAUAAUUCACCCAUCUUCAAAGUAACUGGACCCGCAUCUCCCUCAUUACUCAGUUUCUCACUAAGCAAGUAAAGUGAUCAUCAUCAUCAUCUCCAUUUCAACAUGAACCAUGAAACUGAUACAGUUAAAGUAUACUUCUUCCCCUUCCUAGGUGGAGGUCAUCAGAUCCCAAUGGUAGACACAGCAAGAGUCUUUGCCAAGCAUGGAGCCACAUCAACCAUCCUAGCAAUACCUUCUAACGUGGUCCAAUUUCAAAACUCAAUCACCCGAGACCAAAAAUCAAACCUUCCAAUCACAAUCUACACUCUCACCAUUCCUGAAAACACCCAACUACCCGACACAGACAUGUCUGCUGGUCCCAUGGUCGAUACCUCAGCUCUCCUUGAACCUAUGAAACAGUUACUCCUCCAACAAAGACCUGAUUGUAUAGUGGUGGACAUGUUUCAUCGUUGGGCUGGUGACAUCAUUGACGAACUCAAAGUCCCAAGAAUCGUCUUCAACGGGAACGCUUGUUUCCCUCGCUGUGUCAUUGAAAAUAUAAGAAAAUCUGUUGUGUUUGAGAAUCUGAGUUCUGACUCAGAACCUUUCCUUGUCCCUGGUAUUCCUGAUAGAGUUUUGAUGACAGGGUCUCAAGUUCCGAGUUUCAUGAGAAACCAAUCUGAGUUUUCUGAUAGAAUGAAGAAAAUAGAGGAAAAAAGCUUCGGUACUGUUAUCAAUAGCUUCUAUGAUUUGGAACCAGUUUAUGCUGAUUACCUAAGAAAUGAUUUGGGUAAGAAAACCUGGCUUGUAGGACCAGUUUCUCUCUGCAACAGAAGCGUAGAAGAUAAGAAAGAGAGAGGGAAACAACCCACUAUUGAUGAACAAAGUUGCUUGAAUUGGUUGAAAUCUAAGAAACCCAAUUCAGUUCUUUACAUAAGUUUCGGGAGCGUAGCUCGCAUACCAUUGAAACAGCUCAAGGAAAUUGCUUAUGGUCUUGAGGCUGCUGAUCAACCAUUCAUUUGGGUGGUUGGGAAGAUUCUCAAUUCAUCUAAAAGUGAUAGUGAAAAUUGGGUUCUUGAUGAAUUUGAAAAGAGGAUGAAGGAAAUGGAUAAAGGUUUGGUUUUUAGAGGUUGGGCUCCUCAGCUUUUGAUAUUGGAGCAUGAUGCAGUUGGUGGGUUUAUGACUCAUUGUGGAUGGAACUCAACUUUAGAAUGUGUGUGUGCUGGUGUGCCAAUGAUAACAUGGCCACUUUCGGCUGAGCAGUUUUUCAAUGAGAAGUUGGUAACAGAUGUGUUGAGGAUUGGGGUUCAAGUUGGCAGCAAAGAGUGGGGGUCUUGGGACGUAGAGAGGAAAGAGUUGGUGGGAAGAGAGAAGGUGGAGUGUGCAGUGAAGAAGUUGAUGGUGGAGAGUGAAGAGGUAGAAGAAAUGAGAAAGAGAAUAAAACAUAUUGCUGAGAAUGCAAAAAGAGCUGUUGAAGAAGGUGGAAGUUCUUAUAAUGAUAUUGAUGCCUUGAUUCAUGAACUUAAAAUCUUGCAGAUUGGCAAGGAUGUUUAGAUUGUUAAACAAUGCAAGACACGUCUUUUUCACUUCUUGGGAACAUAGCUAGAAAAGUAAUGUUUCUAUUCACAUUAUCAAUUCAAAACUUUGCUUAAUCUAA